UGGACGGCGGUUGGGGCGAGUGGACAGACUGGUCCGUGUGCAGCUCAGACUGCGACAGACAGCGGAGCAGAGAGUGCACGGCACCGGAGCCCAAACAUGGAGGACGGCUGUGCGACGGCGUGGCGUUGGCUACGGAGAACUGCACCGGCGGCCUCUGCACACAGAAUCGAAAGCUUCUCCACGAUGUGAAGCCACAGGGUGUGGAGAGCAGCAGCGACGUGGCCUUGUACUCGGGCCUGGCCGCGGGCGUGGUGACCGUGGUGCUUCUGAUCGUCGCCGUCACUCUCUACCGACGGAGCCAGAGUGAGUACGGGGUGGACGUCAUCGACUCGUCGGCCCUCACCGGGGGCUUCCAGUCCUUCAGCUUCAAGACGUCGCGUCAAGCAAACCCGCUGCUCAUUAAUUCCUCCAUGCAACCUGACCUGACCGUGUCGCGCACCUACACCAGCCCCAUGUGUUUCCAGGACUCCAUCGACAAGGAGCUGAUGGCCGAGCGCUCGCUCCUUGACCCGCUGCCUGAUCUCAAAGGGAUGUCAGAGAGAGCAGAGUACCAUGUCAUGUCCCACCCUCAGACAUUUCCGAGGGGCCUGGCUCCGGACUACAAAGGGGUCGCGGUGGGGACCACGCUGGGCCGGAGAGGAAAAAACCUCUUCACUCCACAAGUCUCCUUGACUCACAGCAGACCUCUGCACAAAGCGACCGCCGCGUUCGGUCACGCUGGAGGGAGGCUUGUUGUACCCAACACAGGUAUCAGUGUGCUGGUGCCUCACGGGGGGAUCGCAGAAGACACUACCUGGGAAAUGUACAUGAUCAUCAACCAGGAGGACAGCAGUGCUGUGUCUGACGACGCUCCAGAGAUCUUUCUGAGCCCCGCCGUCACGUACGGCCCGCCCGGCCUCGACCUCUCCUGUCCCAUAGCCAUGACCAUCGCCCAUUGUGCCGAGGUUGCCCCUGAAAACUGGACCGUCCGGCUAAAGAGACAACUGCAGGACAACAAGUGGGAGGAAGUGAUGUCAGUGGACGAGGAGAGCACAUCCUGCUACUGCCUGCUGGAGGCCCAGAGGUGCCACGUGCUGCUGGAGCAUCCAGGUCGCUACGCCCUGGUGGGAGAGCCGCUGAACCAGGAGGCAGCCAAGCGUCUGAGGCUGGCUGUGUUCGGUAGUCCAGAUAACAGCAACUCUCUGGGCUUCACGCUCAGGGUCUACUGUGUGGACGACACGCCGCAUGCAUUUCAGGAGGUUGCAGUGGGCGAGCGCAGCAGGGGUGGACGGCUGCUGGAAGAGCCCAAAAUGAUGCUGUUCCGGGGAAACACGUUCAGCCUCCAGGUGUCCAUCCAGGACGUCCCGCAGUUACUCUGGAGCAUCAAGCCUUUCACCACCUGCCAGGAGUUCUCCUUUUCUCAGGUGUGGGCCAGUAACCAGCGUCCCCUGCAGUGUGCCUUCUCUCUGGAGCGCUACAGCCACUCCUCGUCGCAGCUCUCCUGCAAGAUCAGCGUCCGGCAGGUCAAAGGCGAGGAGCAGAUUCUCCAGGUCUACACAUCUGUGGUGGAGAAUGAAAAGGGAGUGGUGCCCUUUUUCACACAGUCAGACUGCACCAUCACCUCUCAGACAGGGUCAAGGGCCUUUAAAAUCCCCCUGUCCAUCCGUCAGCGGAUCAGCGCCACCUUUGACACCGCUAAUGCCAAGGGGAAGGACUGGCAGCUCUUGGCUCAAAAGCUGCACAUUGACAGGAACCUGUGCUACUUCGCCUGUCAGGAGAGCCCGUCGUCAGUGAUCCUGAGUCUGUGGGAAGUCCAGCACCAGGACUCGGGGGACCUGGACUCUCUGGCCAGUGCCCUUGAAGAAAUCAGCAGGGUCCAGUCCCCGAGGACGGACGCUCUGGGCUGCGGCAGAGAGGAGCGGGACUCUGAGUUCUCUAAACUUGGGUAAGGUCAGGUCUGCGUUAGAUCAGAUAAAGAUGAACCUUUACUGCAUGAACACUGACGAUCAGGCGUGCUAGCUCAUCGACGACCGACGUGGAGGUUGGGACUCCGUUUUUGGACUGUUACUAAUGCGACGCCUCUGCUAGACCCGAACAGCGCGUUUGUUUGGAAGAGUUGGGGAUCAAAUGCCGAAGGACUACAGUGGUUGUGAGAGGCACCAGGAAAACAUUUUUAGAGAGAUUUAAGUGUCCCACACUCGUCUUUGAUUGGGGAAAUGUCAACUCCUGACACGAGGAUUAACAAAUAUGAGGACUGUCAGCGUGUGUUUUCAGACGGGCUGCCAAUCCAGCUGGUGAUGCGACCUUCCCGGGAUCGGAUGUGCCGGCGCUCGCCCUCAAACAGUCAUCCGGGCUGUCAAAAUGUUUAGUGUAACGUCACUAUGUUGUCAUUCAUUUUCCAGAUCUCCUAAUGCUUCUUUUCUCUUUUUUUUCUGCACCGUGUCUCUAAUAUUGCUGCUGGAGAUAAGAGGAGAAAAAAAAAUGGAAAGUGAGGAAUGUUUGCAUUAUUGACUUUGUGAAGGAGGUAACUACUUCCGUACUUUUGUGAUUAGUUACGAUGAUUGUUCACUCUGAUAAGCAUUUAAAAAAAGAUCUGAUGAUGUCUACAUGCGGAAUAAAACAAGGACAGGAUGUGAAAAAGGUUUGUUCAGACCAAAAGUGAAGCACAUUUUGCACGAUACGAUACAAGACGAUACGAUACAAGACGAUACGAUACAAGACGAUACGAUACAAGACGAUACGAUACAAGACGAUACGAUACAAGACGAUACGAUACAAGACGAUAUUUCCAUUAGCAUACUAGCAUUAACAUUACUAAAUCAAAUAAUCUAUAAAAGCAAACAACUAUCCACAUGCAAGCAGAGGAGGAGAGACCAAUUAAAACCACAAACAACAUGCAGUAUACUGCAUGAAUCAGGGGCUCCAGUGGUCUAGUGGUUGGUGUGCACGCCCCAUGUACGGAGGCUGUAGUCCUCCAAGUGGACAGCCUGGGUUUGAAUCCAGCCUGUGGCUCCU